AACAGAGGUUUCAGACAGGCUUCAACAGUUCAAACUCUGGGAGUUUAGCUGAGAACUUGAUAAUAUUCCUCUUCUGUGGAUUUGCAGGUAUAAUUAGGGAAGGGAGAAUUUUCAUAUUCUUAGCUAGGACUUCUCGGUUCACGAGCUGCGUCCUCGACAGAUCUAGAUAAGCUGCUACGGAAACUACACAGGAAUCAGUUUGACUUCUGAGCAGAGGCAACUAGGCAAGAAAAAAGAAAAAGAAAAAAACCAUCUCUUUCUCCCUCGACUUUUUUCCCCUUCAGCUUUAAAUCUCUGUUCAUUUUUGUUACUCGACAAGAUUUUAACUUCAUGGGUUUUGCAUAUAGAUCACGGUUUGGUGCCUGGGUCUGAACUCUGAAGUAAUUGACCUGAAAGUUCUCAUUUUUGGUGUUUCUGCCUUCUGGGUUUUGAGAAUCUGUCUUUCGUUCUUCCUGCUAGGGUUCAAGACAUUAGUCUUGGUUUGACUGUAAUUGUGGGUUGUAGUUCUACUACCAAGAGUUAGUGAUCUCUAAAUUCUAAGUCAGUUUGAUUUGCAUUUCUUUUCCUUAAAUUUUGAGAACCAGUUUUUUUUUUCUUCCCUUCUUUUUCUGCCAAUCCAAGUUUCUUUUGCUUACGGCUUGCUUGAGUGUUGAUUGUUGGUUAUGAUCAUGGAUUCUCACCAACCAGUUGUGUCUCUGUCCAAGAGCUCCUCUGUUGGUGCCGAGCCAGAGAGCCAGAGAUCCGGUUUUGCCUCUCAGACGUGUGAUGGUUUCACCGGAAAAAUUGGCGUCCAUGGAAAGGAAGGUGCAGUUGCUAACUCGGAAGACUUCAUUGGCGUUCUUGAAGUCUAUAUACACCAGGCUAGGGAUAUCCACAACAUCUGCAUAUACCAUAAACAAGAUGUAUACGCCAAGCUCUGCCUGACAAGCAAUCCUGAAACUACCGUUUCAACUCAGAUCAUUAACGGCGGAGGAAAGAAUCCAGUCUUCAAAGAGAAUCUUCGACUCAAAGUUCGAACUGUAGAGUCCUCCCUCAAAUGUGAGAUAUGGAUGCUGAGCAGGGUAAAAAAUUAUCUUGAAGACCAGCUGCUUGGGUUUGUACUGGUGCCUCUAUCGGAUGUCCUCAUCGGCAAUGGAAAGUUGGCACAAGAGUUUUCACUCUCCUCGACGGAUCUCUUCCAUUCUCCAGCAGGGUUUGUGCAAUUGUCACUCUCCUACAGUGGAUUUUCACCAGAAGUCGUGGCUAUUCCUGCUCCACAAACAUCUCUGACUGCACCUACACCUGUGCAAGAUUCAGCGGAGUCUGUCCCCAGUGACCUAGAUAAGAUUGAGUUCCCAGAUCCAAAAAUUGUGAAUGAAAACAAUCUCAUGGUUUCGGAAUACUUUGGGAUCUCAUGUACCACUUUGGACCCUCAGAGCUCUGAGAGUUUCAGCACCUCAGACACCGAAAAUAACCUCAGUUCUGACAUAAGUAUUCAUGUUGUGGAAAGCUUCUCAGCGGGUAGUGUCGGUUCUGUUGAAAUCCAGAAGAAGGAUACUCCCCCAAGCAGUGUUUCAACAAACGGAUCUCCUUCUGCUUCGAUUCCUGCAAGCUCGACAUCAUUCUGUGAUACCCCAGGGACCUCAAAAUCUCCAAACCAGGACCUGACUUCACCUCUCAAGGAAAAAGGAGCAGAUGUUGCUGAGGCAGAGAGUGAUUCGUCAGCUGGGACUCCAAGUAAUUCAGUUACACAACCUCUUUUGAAUAUAAAAAUUGAACCAGAGCAAACAGUGGUGCAACAGGAUAUAGUAGACAUGUACAUGAAGAGCAUGCAGCAAUUUACUGAGUCUUUGGCGAAGAUGAAGCUUCCAAUGGACAUGGAAAACGGAACCACCAAUUCUGGGAAUGCCAAUUCUAGCUCUGAUCCGAAAUUCCCGUCACCGAAGACCACUGGCUCUAGAGUGUUUUAUGGGAGUAGAGCUUUCUUCUGAAUUUUAGCUUGACAUGUUGUGAGGAUACACGGAUGGCUUUAGGUUUUAGAAUCAAACAGUUGUUAGUGCUAUACUUAAAAUAGUGGGUCUUUUCUUUUUGAAUGUUGGGGUGCUCUUGAUGUUGUGAAAACAUGACUUGAUGUGUUAGUGUUUGUCCAUUUCAUUGCAACUGCAGUCACCAUGUACGCGUCAUUCCAUCUCUUA